AUGAUGUUUCAAUGUCAACCUAUCUCGUUCUUCUGGGACGGGUGGAAAGGCGAAACAAGUGGCCGAUGCACCGUCGACGUUCGGCUGUUUGGAUUCAUUCGCGGCGCCAUUGAGAUCAUGCUCGACGUGGCAAUCCUAUCGUUGCCUUUGCCCAUGCUAGCGAGACUACAGAUGUCCUGGAAGAAGAAGGUCCAGAUUAUCUCUAUGUUCGCUGUGGGCUUCAUCAUCUUCAUCGUCAGUUGCCUUCGCUUAUGGGCUCUCGUCCGAUUCGAUCAGAGCUCAAAUCCGACUUGUGAGAUAUGCAGCAAAUCCGAAAGCUCCGGGAAGCGCAGCUACGUCUCUAGUGACGAUCGUUAUCGCAUGCGAAGAUCAGGACAUCGACUGUCUCUGGGUGGUAUCUCGAAGGCUAUCGAUAUUCAAGUCAAACGCGAGGACCUCUCGGAGUCGGAUGUCGAACUCGUAGGCCGGGCAAACUAUUAA